AUGUCAUCUAUGCCAGCAUCGCACGGCCACUCUGAGGCUUGCUGCAACAUUCCUCCCGUGCAGUCCAAAGGCUACAAUGGGAAGGGCAGCUACGAGGAACUUGGUGGUUUCAAGACUUACGUCACUGGCCCCAAGGAUGCCAGUAAGGGCAUCCUAAGCAUCUUCGAUAUCUUUGGAUAUUACCCUCAGACACUGCAAGGAGCCGAUAUCCUGAGCAGCUCAGACGCAAAGCAGAAAUAUCAGGUCUUCAUGCCUGAUUGGUUCCAGGGCGAGCCUUGUCCGAUUGAGAUCUUCCCCCCAGACACUGAGGAGAAGCAGAAGAAGCUGGGCGCUUUUUUCCAGAAGAAUCCUCCUCCUGGUGUUGCGCAAAAGAUCCCUGGGUAUAUCAAGGCCGCUCAGUCCAAGCACCCGGAGAUCAAGGAGUGGGCCAUCAUUGGUUUCUGCUGGGGCGGCAAGGUCGUCUCACUCGCGGUUUCAUCCUCGGACAACAUCUUCAAGGCUGCUGUUGAAUGCCACCCGGCCAUGGUCGAGCCUGAGGAUGCCAAGAAGAUCAAGAUUCCCUUGUGCCUGCUAGCAUCGAAGGAUGAGCCUCCUGAGGAUGUCGAAAAGUUCGAGUCCAACCUCUCCGGCCCCAAGCAUGUGGAGAGCUUUAGUGACCAGAUCCAUGGGUGGAUGGGUGCUCGAUCGGACUUGGAGGACUCCCAUGUCAAGGAGGAAUAUACUCGCGGUUUCAAGACCGUUGUCGAGUUCUUGGGCAAACACUUCUAA